AUGGAUCUCAAAACUCUAUUUCACAAUCUUCGCGAAGAAGUGUCUUGUUCGGUGUGUUCGGACUUGUUCACAGAUCCUAAACAACUCUCGUGUCUGCACAGUUUUUGCUUGAAAUGUGUAAAUCAGUGGUACCAGACGUGCGGCGGCGGAGAUGACAUUAAAUGCCCGAAAUGCCAAACUCUAAGCAGAACACCAGCAAGCGGUGAUCUUAAAGAUCUUCCCACAAGCUUUUAUUUGAAUGGCUUUAUCGAUGUUCUUGCCAUCAAAGAAUGCAAGAACACUCAACUAACAUGCGGAAACUGUGACAAGAAGAGCUCGGAAGCAUCGUAUUGUUUCCAGUGUUGCAUGUUUUAUUGCGAAGAAUGCUUAACGUUUCAUAGUAAAAUGCGAGACAAAACGGGACAUCGUGCUUUGGCGGUAAAAGAAUUCCAAGAUAAGGACUUCGAGGAUGUAUUGAAGCGACCAGUGUUUUGUUCAAGACAAGGACAUCAGACAGAACAGCUCAAAUACUACUGUAAACAAUGCGAAACGACCCUUUGCCAAACGUGUGUCAUUUUGGAUCACGGAGGUCAUGUUUUGAAAUUGAUCGAUGAAGAAGCCGAAACCAAAAGACUCGAGAUGAAAGCUGUAAUAGAAACGCAGAGACAAAAUUUAAAAGCAAAAAUGAACAUAGUAAGUCAACUCGAUGAAGACUGUGCUAAAGUUUUUCAUCAAAGCGAAGUAUUAAAAAGAGAUGUUCAAAGGUUUGCUGAAAACUUGAUCAAAACAAUUCAAGCAAAAAUGCAAAAUAUAAUCACUACAGUGGAAGGCCGAACUAAGGAGUCCAUUGAAACUCUGACAGCAAAAAGGAACGAGAUUAGGCAACAAAUUAAUGUUAUUGAAUCAUCACUGAAAGAAGCUGAUAAACUCUUUCAGAGAAGUACCAACGCUGAAGUCGUUCAGCUUAAAAAAACCCUGCAAACAAUUUUUGAGAGGGUGUAUCAGAAUGAAGUUGUUGCUCAUGACCCUGGAACUCAAGAAGCUUUAGCGUUCAUUAAAAAUCAGAAAUUGCUUGAUGUUGUGAACGGAGAAGAAAUCGGAUCCUUGAAGGACCUUAACAGAACAAAAGCAAGUGAAUCUGUGGCUGAAGGCGAAGGACUGAAGGAAGGAACUGUAGCGCGUAAAGCUCAAUUCAAUUUGAUCACAAGAAACGCAGAGAGAAAGCGGUGGUAUGAUGAACAGGACCGUGUAACGAUAGAGAUCAAGGACGAGCAAGGACAAGAAGGCGUGACAGAAGUGAAAGUAGAGGACAUGAAAGAUGGUACCUACAAUGUUAGUUUUUAUCCCAGAGUGCAAGGUACCUUCAAAUUGUAUGUUAAAGUAAACGAGGAACAUAUUCGUGGCAGUCCCUUUCCAAUAAGCGUAAAACCAUUUCAUGUAAAACCUGUUUUAUGUUUUGGAAAGGAAGGCAACGGUGAUGGAAUGUUUGAUUUUCCUCGAGGUGUGGCAGUGACUGACAAAGACGAAAUAUUAGUAGCUGACGACUGCAACAAUCGGGUUCAAGUGUUUGACAGUAAUGGUACUUUCUUAAGAUCCUUUGGUCACAAAGGUGAAAAUGCUGGAGAGUUCAGGCGACCUGAUGGAAUAGCUGUUGAUAAGGAUGGAAACAUUUUCGUAGCAGACAGCCAUAACCAUAGAAUACAGAUCUUUAGUUGGGAGGGGAGGCACCUGGGUUCGUUUGGCGGCAAAGGAAGCCUUGAUAGUCAGCUCCUUAACCCUUGGGGUCUAUCAUUAGAUAGUAAUGGUAAUGUUAUUGUUGUUGAUACAGGUAACAAACUGAUUAAGAUCUUUACCCCGAAGGGUAGGUUUGUAAUGAAGAUAGGUGGACAGGGUUCUUUUAGUUAUCCUGUUCACUGUGUUCAGUGUGGUGAAUUUUUCAUGGUGUCAGACCUUGAUGAACACUGUAUCAAAGUAUUUAACAGGGAGGGGCAUUUUCAGUACAAAUUUGGUAAGGAGGGGGAGGGGGACGGGGAAUUUAAUAAGCCUAAUUAUUUGUUGGUGAAUGAGUCACGGCAUCUGUUUGUCUGUGAUCGUUUUAAUAAUCGAGUUCAAGUCUUUGAACUUAACGGAAAAUUCAUCGGGAAGUUUGGAACAAAAGGCAGCAAGUUAGGAGAACUCAAUAAACCCUUGGCAGUGGCAAUGCUUAGUAAUGACCGAAUUGUUGUGUCUGAUGAAUUUAAUCAUCGAAUUCAAACAUUUGAAUGA